AUGGCUGAAUUUGGAGUGUCCAAGGUCUCUCAUUUAAUUGAUCAUGCAGCCAAAUCUUGGAAGUAUGCUUUGGUGGAUUUUAUUUUCCACCCAGCCACUGUAUCUCAUAUUUUAAAAAUUCCUUUGCCUUUGAAUGGUAGUGUUGAUACUCUCAUGUGGCCAGAAACUGUUGAUGGCAAUUAUUGUUCCAAAUCUGGUUAUAUUUUUGUUCGCAGGAAGCUCCUUGGCGCUUGUUCGUCAACCUCUUCCCAGCCAUCGCUUCCAGCUCCUUUGUGGAAGAAGUUUUGGCGUACUAGUGCCCAGCCCCGUUGCAAGGAGGUGGCGUGGCGUGUGGUUUCAUCUUUACUUCCAGUCCGUGCAGCGCUUCGUCGGAGAGGCAUGGAUGUUGACCCUUUGUGCCCGGUGUGUGCUAAUGAGGAGGAGACCGUGUUUCACUUGUUCGUGUCUUGUCCUGUGGCCCAGAAUUUCUGGUUUGGCUCUCCCCUUUCCCUUCGUGUGCACGGAUUUAGCUCCAUGGAGGACUUCUUGGCGGACUUUUUCCGAGCAGCUGAUGAUGAUGCACUCACUCUAUGGCAGGCUGGAGUGUACGCUCUUUGGGAGAUGUGCAACCAUGUGGUUUUCCGAAAUGGUGAGAUUCAUAUGCCAAAGUAG